AUGAAUGAAGUGUACAACAAGUGUCUGAUUUCCAUUGAAGGUACGGUUUUAUCUUUAGGAGGACAAUGUUUAGAGUAUUAUGGUUUGCCUCAGCCUGUAAGACAACAAUAUCAAAUUUACAACCAAGUUUUAGAUAGUAUCGAGAAUGGCACUGGUCAAGUAUUCUUUUUGGAUGCUCCUGGAGGCACGGGUAAAACGUUUCUUUUAAAAUUAUUAUUGGCUAGAGUACGAAAAAAUGGCGGGAUAGCCUUGGCAGUUGCUUCUUCUGGCAUAGCAGCCACGUUGCUGGAUGGCGAGACACCUCUGUGCAACAUUUCAAAGCAGAGCAAUAUGGCGCAAGUCUUGAAAGAAACAAAACUUAUAGUAUGGGAUGAAUGCACUAUGGUGGGCCAUAGUGCAUUCUCGCAGAGUUUUACUGAGAGCUUCUACGCCUCCUUUAUGGGUAAAGGAGGCGUAGAAGCUCUCACUGGAGACUUUCGACAAACCUUACCCGUCGUACCAAGGGGAACACGAGCCGAUGAAGUGAGGUCAUGUUUAAAAUCAUCGUAUUUGUGGCCCCAAAUUAAGAAGCUCGCCUUAAAGACAAAUAUGAGAGUACUUUUAGGAGAUGAUGCUACCGUUGGUGAGUUUGCACAGACUGUGCUUCAAAUAGGAGAUGGAAAUUACCCUACAGUUGAUGGUAAGAUUAUUAUACCACCAACUCUGGCUACGGUAGUAGAAUCUCUUACAGAACUAACCAACAAAAUUUACCCCGACAUCAUCAAUCUCAAGGCAAAACCCAUAGACUGGUUAUGCGAACGUGCUAUUUUGACUCCCAAAAAUGAUAGAGCGGCUGGUAUUAACGAUCUUUUGUUAAAAUCAUUUGAAGGAGAAGAAAUUCAAUAUAAAUCCAUGGAUUCGGUAGUACAAACUGAUGAUGCUAUAAAUUAUCCAGUCGAGUUUUUAAAUACGCUUAACCCAGCUGGUCUUCCCCCUCAUAAUCUCACACUUAAGAUUGGCGCACCAGUUAUGCUAUUAAGGAACCUGAACCCUCCAAAGUUAUGCAAUGGCACCAGAUUGCAAAUAACGGCUCUCCACCGGAAUGUUGUAGAGGCCACGAUAAUCACGGGAUGUGCUCAAGGGGAAAAGGUAUUCAUACCACGAAUACCUUUAAUACCGUCAGAAUACCCAUUUGAAUUCAAAAGGUUGCAGUUCCCCCUGAAGGUCUGCUUCGCAAUAACUAUCAAUAAAGCACAAGGUCAAACAUUGAAAAUGGCCGGAAUAGACCUGCUGGAAGACUGUUUUUCUCAUGGACAGUUCUAUGUGGCCUGUUCCAGAGUGAGUGCCGCGAGUCGUCUGGUAAUUCUAGCACAUGGAAAGCUUACGACGAAUGUGGUAUACAAAGAAGUACUUUGUUAG